AUGUAGGCACAGAGUGAAAUUUUGCAAGUUGAGUUUUCCAGAGUCAAUAAAGCUAUUAUCCUAAAACCUAUUUUAAAUAAGAUAAACUUUGUCAAGCUUAUCUAGCUUUCAAGAAAUGAAGAAAGGUAGAAUGAUAAGCUAGGUCUCAUUGUUAAUGUUUACAGUAUUGAGAACAAAUUUUCAGAGUAAACAAAGAAAAUUGAAACCUAAUUCAAGAUCAUAUGUGGGAUUUUAGUUGAUGACAUUGGAGAAGAUUUAAAGACACUAGAUAUCGACUACUAAAGAGAGGAGUUGUACAUUGCAGGGGAUCUAGGGUUGAUUCAUUGUGUCUCUCUUAUCAAGGGUACAUUUCUCAGAAACAAUCCAAAAUUUCUUCUAUCUUGCUCAGAUGAUUUUUCCUGCAGAAUAUGGGAUGCUUAAAGAGGAAUCUAAAUGGCUUUGUUCCUUGAUAUAGAAGAGCACAACUCAGAAAUUAUUUGCAUUGAUUGGGCUCCUGACUUCUCUAGUUUUCUAUCAUUUGGUAAUAAUCAGCAUUUAAGAGUGUGGGAUUUAGAUAAGAGAAUCAAGUUACAUUUUGAUAAGGUUUUCUUAAAUAAAACUAUAUUCCCAUUCAAUGAAACCGUAUUGAAAGUGCACUUUCCUUCUCAUGUCUAUUUUCAAGGAAUUUUAGACUCUGUCUCAAAUAUAAUUCUUCACCAGCACUAUUUAAUCCAAGGAGAUGUAAAUGGGGACAUUUACGCUCAUAAUUUGAAGUGCAUGCUAGAUGAUGAAAGAAAGACUUAAAAGAUUGCUCAGGUUUUUAAAGAAGAAAAACUUCAAAUCAACCACCUAUCUUAAAUCACAUUUUAGGGGUAACAAAUGCAUUUAUCAUCUUAAUAUAUCUUUAGUUAAACAGUCAUUGCUGCAGCUAACAAUUUAUCAAAUAAAGUCAGUGUUAACUUUGUAAAUUUAGAUUGA